AUGGCCAGAUUGCCAAACCGGCCUCCCUCGGUUUGCGCGCUGUCACCCCAAGAACUCUCAUACGAAACAGUUGAUGUUGACAAAGUUUACAUCCCAACUCAUGCGCUUUUGAUCGCCGAAAACGAGUUGAUAUUUCUUGCGAUCGCGAGCAUUUUGAAAGAUCGAAAGGCUGUGCUGAUUGCAGGGGCCGGGUAUAUCUACUUCGGAAAAAUCAAUUUCCGCCUUGUGUUUUUACUCAAAGCUCGAGGCGAGCCAUCUGCAGUUGUCCAGGCCAUCAAAUUACUCAAACCAAAAGCUGGAAUCUUUCUCGGGUUCGGGAAAUGUCCUCAUAGCAGGACGUACGAGAUCGGGGACGUGAUUGUGGCAGAAGCGAUAGUUCGAAAGAACCCCAAACUUGGAAAACCUGAAAGCCUAGCGUGCAGUGAAUGUUUGAUCAACGUUUUCGAAAAUGGCAAAUAUGGCUGGACACCGCCCAAGUACCGCAAACAAGCUGUCCAUGUUGGCAAAGUAUUUCAGAUGGGAGAUCUCACAAAGAAUGAGAAAACCAGUGCAGUAGCUGUGAAAACUUCGACGUUAGGUCAGUAUAGUGCUCACAAACAUAGACUUUAACAUAAAAGGCAUCGCUCACUAGCUUGCGCACCAUUCGAGAAUGAAAAAAUAAACUAACAGACUGUGACGAUCGUAACAAACAUUUAACAAUUUAUCGGAACACCGGUAGAAAAUGACACUGAUUGUUACAAACUUUAAUUUUUUACGGUUGACUUUUUUGCGACUGAAAGUUACAUUUUGGAGGUUUAACUGCCAAAGGAUCCCCAUUGAAGACCAUCCGUGACGGACAUAAUUUCUGUUUUAUGUCAUUACUUUACUGUUUACGUCCGUGUCACAGUCGACAGAACAUUACAGUCAUUACAUUGGCGGGGCAAACAAUCCCGUCAGCUUCACUCAUGUUCUUUAAGAACCAUUAAUACAACCCUUUGUUAAGACCUUGUCGGUAUGCUAUUGCAAUGUUACAAUCUACGCCUAUAUAAAUACCCUUUUCGAGGAACAACAACAACAACAAUCGCUAAUCAUAAUCGACCAGGCUAAUGAAAGUCUUAGCGCAGGAUUCAGCUGGGAUAUUUCGGUUUUAUACGUUCAUUGACAAUUUUGUUACUUAAGGUUCAUGGAGUUUUUGAAGAAGCUGUGAACCCCAUAAAAUGGAAGCGUGAAGAUGAUGCAAAAUAGCUUCAUUUAUAAAGUUGACAUGUUCUUUUCGCAGAUAUACUUGAAUGCUGCGAAGUCCUGGGAAAAGAAUGGAUCUCAAUUGUAGGCGUGAUUGGCACUCAGCGUUACCAUGGAAACUCUACUUGGAAGCAAUACGUAGCAGCGGUCUUGAGCUCACUGGUGAAUAAGGUGCUACAGGAUGACCAAGUGUUUGCAAUCUUAGGAGGAGAGUGUGGGGAGCCCACACGACACAGUCCCCUCCCUGGAAACCCUCUGCAAGAAACAGUUUCUCUUAAAAGUAAGCUGGGAUCAUUAAAUGGGUGUCAGCUCAACCUCUUUCCCAGGGUCUGGUUGCUGCUACUCUCCUUUUUUCCCAACCUCUUUUUAUGA